AUCUCUCUCCUUCUCUACUUCACCGCCAUCGUCGUCUUCCUCUCUUCACUCCCUCCUCUCCGCCAAGCUCCGUCGCCGGCGCCACCAAUGGAGAGGAACCACUCCUCCGCCUCUUCAUCGGAGGACGAGGAGGAGGACCUCCACGCCCUCAUUCCUCAGAAUGAGACCAAGCCCCCACCUCGCCGCUUGGCAUCCUUCGAGAUCGACACUAACGCUCUCAAAUCCCGCUUAUCCCGCGGAUUCUCCGGUAGCCGGCGUUACCUUAUUGCCCUUCUUCUCCCCGUCGUCCUCGUCCUUGUCUACUUCUUCGUCGACUUCGGCCAUCUCUUCCGUACCGUCACUGCCAUCCGGCCAGAUACCCCGGCUGAUCUCAUGCGUGAAUCUGAGCUUCACGCGCUUUAUCUUCUCCGGAACCAGCAGGAGUCGCUUCUUCGGCUUUGGAAUCGCACGCUGGUGGCGGAUCAAGCUAGAUCUGGUAACCCCUCGCUUUCCCCUUCUCCUCCUCCGACUCUCCACUCGAGCUUGUCCUUGGAGGACUUCAAAUCGGCGGUGAUCAACCAGAUCCGGCUGAACAAGGAGAUCCAGAAGGCCCUGCUUUCCUCGCAUCGCGCCGGGAACGAGUCGGUGAAAUCGCAGGAUGACAAUGCGGAUCCCGAUCUGUCCGGAUUCGGCGUCGAUGUUUGCAAGAAGGUUGAGAGGCCGGUGGAGAGAAGGGCGAUCGAAUGGAGGCCGAGGAAAGAUAGGUACUUGUUCGCAGUCUGUACUUCGGGGCAAAUGUCCAACCAUUUGAUCUGCUUGGAGAAGCACAUGUUCUUUGCGGCGCUUCUCGAGCGCACCCUCAUCUUGCCAAGCCCUAAAUUUGAUUACCAGUAUGAUCGUGUCCUCGAUAUCAACCACAUCAAUGAGUGUUUUGGCAGGAAGGUGGUAAUGAAUUUCGAUGAAUUUUCAGAGAUGAAGAAGAAAAGUAUGAGGAUUGAUAGGUUCAUAUGUUACAUGGCCUCGCCACCUUGUUUUUUGGAUGAAGAACAUCUCAAGAAGUUGAAGAACUUGGGUAUUUCGCUGGGAAAGAUUGAUGUGGCAUGGCCUGAGGAUGCCAAACUCAAGGAGCAGAAGAAGAGAGUUGCUGGGGAUGUUACGGGGAAGUUCUUAUCUAACGAUGAGGUUAUUGCUGUUGGAGAUUUGUUCUAUGCUAACGUGGAGGAGGAUUGGGUGAUGCAGCCUGGAGGUCCUCUUGCUCACAAGUGCAAGACUGCCCUCCAACCUAGUCGGCUUAUACUGCUAACUGCACAGCGGUUUGUGCAGACUUUCUUGGGUGGUAACUUUAUAGCUCUGCAUUUUAGGCGGCAUGGCUUUUUGAAGUUCUGCAACGCCAAAGCAGAGAGCUGCUUCUACCCCAUUCCUCAGGCAGCAGAAUGCAUAGUAAGGGUUGUAGAGAAGGCAAAUGCACCAGCAAUCUAUUUAUCCACAGAUGCCGUGGAUAGUGAAACCAAUCUUCUCCAGUCUAUGGUUGUACUAAAUGAUAAGACAAUCCCAUUGAUCAAGAGACCCGAUCAUACUUCCGUCGAGAAAUGGGAUGCCUUACUUUACAGGAAUCACCUGGGUGGAGACAGUCAGGUGGAAGCCAUGUUAGACAAGACUAUAUGUGCAUUGUCAAACGUAUUCAUCGGAUCAUCAGGUUCAACAUUCACCGACGACAUCUCACGCCUCCGACGAGGCUGGGGCUCGGCCUCACACUGCGACGAGUAUCUCUGCCAAGGAGAACGGCCGAACUUCAUCGCCGAACAAGAAUGAAAACAAACUUAACCAUGUUUGCAGAAUAUCUCUAGUUUCACCUCCCCUCAUUCUUUUGUGAUUGAUUGCCUGUACAUUUCUUUGUUGUAAAUUGAGUGUACAAACUACAAACAACUUCAUAUGCUUAUCAAAUCUUUUAAAAUAGCCUAAUUAA